CUGUCUUCAGCAGAUCCCUGGAGUCGUGCUGGAUCCGGAUCUGCUCAUGUGAGUUUUCCUCCAUUAUGGAGCCCUGGCCUCUCAUGGCCUGGGGUCUGAUGCUGACCGCCAUUACCGGCUGGAUCAAAGCCGUUCAAUCACGCGACUUCACCGAAAAAGACAUCAUUUUCCUCCAUCCUUCAACAACUCCAUAUCCAGGAGGAUUUAAAUGUUUUACCUGUGAAGACGCACCUGACAACUAUGAAUGCAACCGCUGGGCUCCAGAUCUCUACUGUCCACGAGAAAGCAGAUAUUGCUAUACGCAUCAUAAGAUGAGCUGGGAUGGAAACACGGUGUCAGUGACGAAGCGUUGUGUGCCGCUGGAGGACUGUCUCCAAACAGGCUGCUCUGACAUUGACCAUGAAGGAAACAGGGUUUGUACAGCCUGUUGUGAGGGGAACAUCUGUAACCUGCCUCUCCCACGAAACGAAACUGAUGCCAUCUUUUCCACCACAUCACCCAUUAACAGGAGCGCACAAUCCACACAGACUCUCCCACUGCUGCUGCUUUCCGUCUCCAUCACCAGCCUGAUGCUCCACAGUAUUAACUGAGAGAGGAAGAAACCUUUAGGAAACAUGUGCCAGUCAGCUGUGGGCUUCACCUUCCUCAAAAUGAAGUGUUAGUCGUUGGACUCUUAUUAUGAAUUCUAUACUAAUGAAAAAAAAAAUAGACAUUUUCCCUCAAACUGAGUGGACUCUAAGAGAAUAAGGGGAUAUUUAUGUUAAAACUGACACAAUCCUGCACAUUUUUUGUUUGUUGUUGUUGUUGUCUUGAAUUAAUGUGACUUGUUUUAUACAUUUGUAUAGAUAUAUUUAUUUUUUUAUCAUCCAUUUUUGUAGGAAGCUGCGCGUGUUGUUGGGUAUAAUUUUAGGUGAAUUUUCCACCCUCUCAUUGUCAUCACGGAAAAGGGCUUGACACCUCGGAAACAAGUUCAGCAUGUUACUCAUCCCGCAAUAGAGAAAGAGCUUCCUCCUAUAAAAAGACCGUUCUGUUUUAGGUUUUGCACUGUGUAUUUGUGUCAUAAUGUAUUCGUGAAGCACUUGUGUACAGUCGUAGUGACCCGCAUUAAACGUCCAUAUAUAUAUAUAUAUAGCCUGCAGCGAAGGGCUUUGUUAUUAUUAAAAAUAUAUGUAUGUUCCUACACAUUUGUCAGUGUAUUGUUGUGUAAUGUAAUAUUUCCUAAUCUGGAUUCCUGGCUGACUGUGCAAUCAGCUAAAAAGUGUUGAGUCUGCAGUGACAGUGUUAUUUCUUCCAGGCUGUAUGAUUAUUUUAGGCAGUCUGCCCGGCUGUAAAUGAAGCUGUUUCCUGUUUCUCCUGUCUUUUGUCGAGUUGUGAAAAGUAUUGUAACGUUCACAUUGGUUUGUUCACUUCAGUACAGUCUGAAGGGAAUGGUGAUCGCUAAAGGGCUCGAAACAUUUACUCAGGUGACUGUGGACCAGUUAGUGCCAGUUUAGUUCCGUACAAAUCUCCUUUAACCUGAGUAGAAGUUUAAAGGGAUAGUUCACCCAGAAUGUGCUGUUCAUCAGGCCAUCUAAGAUGUACAUUAGGUGGCUUUUUUCUUCGGUAGAAAAUAAAAGAUGAUUUUUAAACUGAAGUUUUGAUCUUUUGGUAAAAUCUGCCAAUAGCUAUCAUCUGUAGAUUAAUUAUAAUGACAAUUGACAAUACAAUUUGUUGGUAAUGUUCAAUUUCAUGCACAAACAGAACGCAGAACAAUUGUUUCACUUCACACAACCUCACUGUCAUCAGGAGCCACAAGUAUUCAUUUUGUUUUGGCUGGAUGUGUCUUUUAUUCUCAAAAUUCUGGUCGCUAUUGACCUCCAUUUUAUGAAAGAGCAAAGAUCAUGGUUUAACCCUCCUCUUCACUUAUGGGUCAAAAAUGUCCUCUCUUUUAAUAGCAGAUAAAAAACCUAUACAGUUUAUUCAUCUUGAAAUUUGGUGAUUUUUCUUUCUAAAAUUACGCAAAUAAAAAAAACUAAUAAUUUUCUGUUUUGAUAUUUUCAUAAAGGAUAAACAGAGUUGUCCAAGUCAAAUUUGACUCAACUGCUAUAAAAUCGUUUUAACACCACAAAAACUACUAGCACACACAUGCACACUUUAAAACACCACAUUCCCUCCCACAAACACACGCACACACACAAUAAGAAUCUGCUGCUUUAACUUUUAUGAAUACUCUCUUUGCUUAAAACUUUUUACACUUAUGCAGGUACCUUUAGCUUUAGUUUAUAUGCUGUAGUUAAAAACAACCACUGAUUAAACAUUGACUACUACGGUGGCCGAGAGAGCGUAACGUGCUGCAAUUUAACAAAACACAUGCAAUUACAAAAAACGGCAACAAAUUAAGAAAAGAUCUUCAUCCAUUUGACAACACACGUGCUGCAAAUCCUCACAGCGCAAACACAUUUUUAAAAAAACACAUUUUCUCACAACACAACCAAUCAACCAAAAACACGCUACCUUUUUUACAACACAACAGAAAUGUUUUAAGGAGGACCCUAAAAUGUGACACCUUCACUGAGCAAUAGGCUGUAUCCGAAACUGCCUAGUACUCAGUAGGUACUGCAUUUGAAUUGAAAUGUACUACUCGGCCGUUGGAAAUGUACGUUCUAUACUGUAUGAAUGGGAGCAGUAUGAAUGGAAUUCGGACUUAUUACAUCCGCCAUUUGUCAUGGUCACAUGUCCUACCUGCAUCAGUUGCGUCGCUUCACUUCCAUUCAUGAAUUCUCUUGCGGGGUAUCAUGGGCUGGCGCAGCGCGCAUGGGAUGCGCACUUCAAUAUCUCGCCGGAAGUAGUAGGUCAUCAGGGUACUUCUCGCAUACUGAUUUUCGAAUUCUAUGAAUUCGGACAUACUACUCGGCUCCCAUACUGAUUUUAGUGCACUGUAUAAAAUGGAAGUAUGCAGUUUUGGACGCAGCCAUAUGGCACAGCUGUGUCCGUCACGUUUUUGGGUCCCCUUGAAACAUUUUCAUUGUGUUCCAAUGUUUUUGUGUUGUGUGAAAAUGCAGUGCACUUUUCAAAAAUGUGUUUGCACUGUGAGGAUUUGCAGUAUGUGUAUAAUCUUUUCUUAAUUUGCUGGUGUUUUUUGUAAUUGCAUGUGUUUUCUUAAAUUGCAGCAUGUUACACUCUCUCCGUCUCCAUAGAUUACAUGCUAAACACUGCACACUGAUGGGGGAAACCUAGACGCACAAAGAGUUUGUUAUUUAUUUUUAAUGCAAAAUAGAUUUGAGGAUUAAAAUAAAAUGUUGUCAUUAGCAUUAGCAUUUUUGACCCCAAUGUGUAUUUACUGUAUUUUUCGGCAUUUGAGCACAGCCAUUUGAAUUUCAUUCCGGUCUCAUUCACUUCCAUUCAUGUUUAGAUGUUAAAAACAGCUCAUUGUGCUGCUUGAUGUUACAAACUGGCAAUUUCAGAAUAAUAUUAUUCUGCUUUGUCUGUAUAGUCAAGCAAACACUUGUUUGUAUAGCGAGUAGUUUGACUGUUUGCUGUGGUUUAUUGUUCUUAAUCAUUUCUUCCAUAGGCAACUGAAUUGGAAGUUCUAAAACAAUCGCGAAAACAUCAAUCCAGAAUUCUGAGACAACAGUAGGGUUAAGCUAAAAAUCUUCCUCUACUAUACUACUGAAGAAAAAUAUGUCACCUGCAACUUGGACAGCCUGAGCUGAAAAGAGCAAAUCCCUUUAAUGUCUCUGAAUGUGCUGAUGUAAAGUCAGUUCUCCUCAGCUCAGAUUGAUAACAUAAUAAGUCUUUCAUCUGUUUUUACUGUCAUUUUACCCAUGACAAAGAAAUUCAGUUUGUAAUAGGGUUGCAUGAAUUUUUUUAUACUUACAAAACUGUGGAUGCUGCAUGCCAUCGUGUGCCAAGGCUUAUAAUAAAUGUAGAUAUUUUUUCUACACGUUCUUUUGUAAUAUCCCUGUAUAUUCUCAUGUACAUACUUUUGGAAAUCUUUUUAAAAUCACACCUUUGGAGUACACCUGUAACACUUCUGUGGUCUCUCAUAUGUGUCGUAAUGUACUGAACUGAAAAUCAGAGCGUGUUUUGUUUACUGAUAAUAAAAAUGUUAUACUAAAAAAA